CUACACCUAGGUACCUAGUUUCUAACUGGACAGUUCAUCGGUGGCGUAACAUUAAAAACUCUCUCAAGGUAAUUCAGUAUUCGUAUAUAUUCUGAACUAGAAAGGUUAUCAGCACUUCUAAAUACUCAUGUAUUGAUUACAUUGCGAUAAUCUACAUGGAUGCCUUUACGACGGCUGUUACAGCAGGCGAUAUCGUUCUCACCUACUUAGAAGCAUGUGCUUCCUACUCUCAAGAAGCCCUUUCGCUUUACCACCGAUUUAAAUGGGAUCUUCGGGUUUUGAAAGAAAUCGUCGGCUUUUUCAAGCAGCGACGAUCCCGAGGCUCUGACAUUCAACCUCUCUCAAAGGACGAGGUUUUAUUGAAUGAAACAGCCGAUUACCUAGCUGUACUCAUUGGACGAGUGUCCGCUAGCUUCACCAAGAUACAAGCUUCAGGGUUUUUAAAGAAAACGAUAAAUCAGGGCUUAUGGGUUACACGACGGAAAGGCUUGAAGGAACUUGAACAAGAGCUGAACGAAUGGACGAACCGUUUUGAUAUCCACCUUCUUGGACUCCCAGCCGAGAUAAAGAAUAUUAUCCCCCCCGCACCAAAUGCCGGCGACGAUGGAACCCCGAUUACAAACAUACUAGCAUCCAAUUUGCGAAUGAAGAAGUUCGCCGGUCUAGCCUCCAAGGCCAGGGAACAACAAACCAGCCAAUUACUGCGCGACCCACCCGACGAAUUGAUACGCCUGCUUGAAGAAAGUCCCAGCCCUACUACUAGAGUAUUCCAAAUUGGGGCCCAGGAAUUCAUUCUUACCAGCCGACCUUUCCCGCCCAAUGUGAGACCGGGUUCUGAGGAGUUUCGGAGGUUUACAUCCGACCUAGACGAGCUAGCUGCAGCACUACAUGUACUGGAACCAGCCACUGACGUGCCCCUGUUGAAAGUCGAAUACUUUUUCUACGAGAUUGCCACGGGGCGAUUCCUUUUUGUCCAGGUUCCACCGCACCCUGUAGAUGAGGUACUAACCCUCGAUGUAAUGAUCGAACGGACUCCAUACCCACACAUGGUCAAUGAACGGAAGACAUGGCUUCCGCUAAAUCAACGCCUCACGCUAGCGAAAAAACUUGCCGAGGCUCUGUUCUUUCUGCAUACUGCGGGAUUUGUCCACAAGAACCUGAUAACUUCAAGCGUUAUAAGUCUCCAACAAUCCAAUGCGCCGCCUUCUGCAUGCUUUCCUUACACCAUUGGCGAACCUUACCUAGUGGGCUUCGAUAUCAUUCGUUCAGAAACCGGGAUAUCUCUACUAGAGGGGGCAUUAAACGCGAACCUCAACGAUUUCCAACAGCAAUCCAUUACGAAAAGAAAUAUACAGGUUUUCCGACAUCCUGAUAGACUACAUGAUGAACCGGACAAAAUCAGACGAUACAUCAAAAACUAUGAUAUGUAUAGUCUAGGGGUUAUCCUAUUGCAGAUUGGAUUAUGGGAACCAAUCAGCACAGUUACCAUGAAGCUAGAAGAUGACUUUACGAGUUGGCCAGAAAGCCUACAUAAAAUUAGCAAUCAAUUGGGUUUGAGAGUAGGCUCCAAAUAUCAAAAGGUGGUCGCGUGGUGCCUCGGAUUGAAAGGGGACUACGUAAUUAAGGACGUCGAGUUCGCGACGGAAGUACUGGAUCCUCUCGAGGAUAUAGCAAACGCGCUAGUCUAGUCACAGCCCCUCCUAUUUUGUCCGGCCUCUCGCUGGCAAAUUGUGUGGCAAUAUAACGCGAAGCCGACUUGCUUCUUCUGGUUCCGUGUAACACACAAAUUUAGUAAGCAUUGCGGCUAAAUGGUUAAUAGCCAAU